AUCCGCAACUUCAAUCCCGCACCACUCGAGCAUCAUCAUCAUCAUCAUCAUGCAACGUAUCACCUCCAACAUAGAAAAUGGGAAACUCGUCGCAAAGCUCAGCUGUGGCAAUUGCCAACGCCGAAAAAGAAAAUGCGACAAAGAGAGUCCAUGCUCUGCAUGUCAGCAAGCAGGCCUCAUCUGCACUCCGAUAACGAGAGCUCGACUUCCGAGAGGCCGCCAUGUAGCUCAGCGCGACGGAGAUCUUCGACAAAGAGUUGCCAGAUUGGAGAAAUUGUUAUCUCAAAGGAUCGAGGAAAUGUCGGUCGGUCUCACGCCUCCGGAAGACGACACAAUUGGCAAGGCAUCGGAACCGGCGUGGUCGUCCAUCAAUGAGGAAGUCGUCGGAAUUCGAGAGCUCUUAGAUGAUUUGGUUGAUGAUGAACUUAAUCAGCCGAAACCAGACGUAACCGAAGGAAUCCAAUCUCGGACCUUCGAUAUUUUGAUGCAUGGCGAUGCUUCAUGUUUUGUGCAAGCUCAUAUACUCGAAUCACCGCCCAGGAACGUCGUCUCUGCAUUGCUUGAUGUUUAUCUAUCUCGAAUUGAUCCAAUCUUCAAAGUUUGUCACGGACCUUCUCUGAGAACAAUGUUGCUGCGGGCAGGGCCUUUGAAUUUAGCACAAGAAGCGCUCAAAUUUUCUGUCUUCUUCACUGCUGUGAAUAGUCUUUCAGUGUCUGAAUGCUCUCAGCUCCUUGGGUCAAGCAAAGAUGAGUUAAACAACAGACUCAAGCUAGCUGCUGAAGUCAUGUUAUCAAGGUCUGGGCUACUUACUACCACCAAUUUGACAGUCUUACAAGCGUUUGUCGUCUACUUGGCUGGAUUUCGAGUUUUCAAAGGACCUCGAGCUGUCUGUGUCAUUGUGGGAACUGCUGUUCGUAUUGGACAAUUUCUUGGCCUGGAUCUUGAGAACAAAAAACAUAGCGUCUUCGAGACAGAAAUGAGACGCCGCAUCUGGUACUCCAUAGGUAUCUUGGACCUUCAAGCGGCCUUUGAUAGUGGCUCAUACUCGGCUCUUGCGAAUGGAGUCCUGCUCAGAAAUACUCCACUUCACAUCAAUGACGAGGACAUCUCGCCCGCUACUGGAACGAUUCCGGCGAGUAGACUCACAUUCUGCGAUAUGACCUUUGCAUGCGCUACUCAUGAAAUGUUACGUCAGAUGCGGAGGAUGAUAUAUACUCCCCUCGAUUCAGAUGGAACUCCGAUUCCAACUUUACAAAAAGACUGGACUCGACGAUAUGCCAUCGUGGAAGAUUGUGCGAAUUCUCUGAACGAGAAAUUCGUCAUAUACUGCAACCUCAAUGACCCAUUUCAGCUUUUCACCAAAAUCGUCUGCGAAGCGAUGGUCGUCAAUCUUCGACUCCAAGUACGUCGCCCGAUGUAUCGAUUCUACAGUACCAAGCCUCCACCAAAUGAGGAUCUCAACAUCCUGCAAGUCGCCACGGAGGUGUUGGAGCAAACAGUACGCAAAACUGAAACAAAUGAAUUCAGAGCCUGGGAGUGGUUUGCUUGGAAUAAGUGGUACGCUCUAGCGAUUGUCCUUGCUGAGCUCUGUGAGCAUACCGAGGGUUCACUUAUCGAAAGAGCUUGGAUGGUUGCCGAAGCCAGCUUUGCUAAAUACAAGACCACAAUUCAUGACCCUGUUCUAUGGAAUUCGCUUGAAAAGUUGAUGAGUAAAGCUCAAUCAGCGCGAACACUCAAGAGCGGGAAGGUAGUCGGAACAGAAUUAUGA